GUCGCGAUCACUCGACACUGCCCACAUAGUAAACACCGCUUAUGGACAUGUAGCAUAUAUAUCUUCCGUGCCAUAGUAGCGCUUGAAAGUAAUCAAUCCCUCUCACGACUCUCAACUACUACUCUCACUACUUUCAUUAUGGGUCACUCCUCAUCUGACUCUGACUCCUCCAGCAGUGAUAGCGGCCAUGGCCAUCACGCUUAUGGUACUCCAGGGCAUGCCGGAGGUUACUAUGUUCCAGGGGCUCAUAGCGAGCACAAGAAGAAGAAAGACAAGAAAGAUAAGAAGCACAAGGAUAAAAAGAACAAAGGCGACAAGCACAAAGAUCACUCCAGCCAUGGUGCUAGUGGUCAUGGCAUAGCUCCUAGUAUCCUUCCUGGCUUCUUUAAUGCGCUUAGUGCUCUUCCUCCCGGUUUUGGUACACCUGCAAUACCUUUGGGGUACGGCGCAUCAAGUGCCCACACUUCUGGAGGCCAUGCUCAGGAAUUCUACGGAGCUCAACAGCCUCACGGCUAUCCAGCUCCCGGUGCUCCUCACGGUGUUCCCAGUCCUUACGGCGCACCCGCGCACGGCGCACCCGCACCCUACGGUGCCCCUGCACCUUAUGGCUCACCGUCACCAUUCGGUACUCCCUCUCACGGUGCUCCUGCUCCUUACGGUGCACCUGCAUAUGGCGCUUCUCGUAGCAUGCCUGGCGACCACAGCGGUCAUGGAACGCCUGUUCCUGGAGGCCACGGAGCGCCUGGUGCGCCUCCAGGCCACCAAGGACCUCCCCCUCCGUCUGGCUUCCGGGUGCCAUUGACCGUUGGACAACCAUUCCCUCCACCUGCUCAGGUCGGACAGCCUGUCGCUUCCGACGCUGAUGGUUCCCCCGUUUUCCUCGGAUCUGCUAUCUUGGGCGCGUCCGUCCAUCCUUGCAAGAUUGUGCCUAACCUGCACCCACCCGUUCGCGUACCUUAUGGUGGUACGGAGUUCGAGCAUAAUGGUCGUUACGAUCUUUUGCCGUUCGAUCCUAACUUGAUGGAGUGGGUGUGGACUGAGAAGGGGAGGAUUCCUCAUGGUAGGAGGCCGAUUGAGGGUGGAUAUGAGGAACACGGGGGCAAGCUGUACCAUGCUUUAGCUAAGAUUCAUGGCUUGCAAGUACCCGGCAAGACCGGAGAGCAUUUGCAAGAGGCUAAGAUCGCUUUCGGCGGUGCAGAGAGGAGUGAGAAGGAGUACUUCAUUUUAUGCUGGAAGCACUAACGAAGACGCAAUUGUGUACAACCUGCUUGUGUGAACAUCGAAUUAUAUCGCCCCUCGUUCCAUUCAAACCCGUUAUCCGAAGACAUUCCAUGCGUACAUUUGAACGUCUCACCCCUCACGUCUACAUAAAUUAUGGGAAAAGAAAAACUAUUACAUCGACUCUGUUGUACAACUAUUGAUACCAGGUAUCGUGAUAUCGUGAUGUAACUCCGAAUUAUCUAGAUUGAACAGGUUGUCUUCGUGUUCCGU